CGCCGCAGUCUUGGAAUUAAGAUCGGGACCGUUAUUCAAAGUCAGACUGCGAGUGACACCAAACUGACCCUUAUGCGUACCGGAGCGACAGUUUAUCAUGUUUGCUGAUGGGCGGUCGGAACUUCAUGACAAAUCAAAUUCCACUUUUUUGUGAAUUACGCCGGGACAAAAAACUAUGGACAACAGCAGCUUUGAGGAAUCGUAAUUUGGGUGCACUCAAAACCACAGGAGUAACAGCUUAAUAGCCUACGGCUUGUCACAUCUUUUACUUUAGAAAGCGAGUGACAUUUCUGCGCGUCGGGAAUUUGCUGCCGCCAGAUGCGUAAAGUUUAUAAAAAAGCAUAAUAUUUCAGGAUGCACUGUGAAUGUUAAAAUAUCCUUACUUUUAUUUUGAGACUUGGAGGAAAGUAAAUGCAUCAUGAAAAUGUGACAUGAAGGAUUUCUUUCCUAUCAUAUUUUAAUAGAAGUGACAGUUUUUGAUGAUCUAUCCAUUCAUCAGACGCACGCAAUUGUCAAAUCAUUCAAAGCGAUAGGAGUAACAAACUUUUUUGGCAGCAUAAAACUUUAUAAUUUGCCUCUUUGUGCAUUGAUAUUUCAAGUUAUUAUCACCCCCAAAAGCGUGUGCUCAGAUGUCAUGGGCUGACCUGGGGCCACACAUUUGAUUGUGUGGGGGACAAUGUCGGGACCCUGCGUCCGCGUCCCGUUUUGGGUUCGUCUGUGUCUCCUGCUGCUCCUUCACGGCAGCGCAUCGGAGUGCAGAGUCAUCGAGGGCUGUCCGGAGCUCCUCUCCAGCGGCUGCAGCUGCACGGAGGACCGCGCUAAAGCUCACUCUGCCCCCGGGGCGCGGAGGAAAGUGAGCUGCGUUGGGAAGGAGCUGACAGAAACUCCCGAAGUCAGUCUGCUCCCCAAUCGGACCGUUUCUCUAAAUCUGAGCAACAAUCGUAUCCGGUUCCUGAAGAAUGGCUCCUUCACUGGCUUGCCCUUCCUUGAGAAACUGGAUCUCAGGAAUAACUUGAUCAGCACAAUCAUGCCUGGAGCCUUUCUAGGUCUCACAGCUCUUCGAAAACUUGACCUAUCCAGUAACCGAAUUGGCUGCCUGACUCCAGAAAUGUUCCAGGGACUUACCAACCUCACUAAACUAAACAUCUCUGGAAACAUAUUUUCCUCUCUGGACCCAAAUGUCUUUCUGGGGUUGCACUCUCUAAAGCUGGUGAACUUUCAUUCAGAGUUCCUGUCGUGUGACUGCGGUCUUCGCUGGGUCCCGGGUUUUUUUCAUAGCAGUUCCACCCGGCUUGGGGAUGAAACACUCUGUGCGUACCCCACAAGACUUCAAAACAAACCCCUUCAUCUCUUGAGAGAGAGUGACCUCAGCUGUGAGGGUCCAUUGGAACUGCACACGUUGUCUCUGCUACCCUCGCUACGACAGGUCGUGUUUAAGGGGGACAGACUACCUUUCCAUUGCACUGCUUCCUUAGCUGACAAAAUCACUGCCCUUCACUGGCGUCACAACGGUCAGCCUGUCACCACUGACCCUAUGCACGGGGUUCAUCUAGAAGAGAGUGUACAUCAUGACUGUACCUUCAUCACCAGUGAGCUGAUCCUAUCAAAUGUCCAUGUCGAGGCCAGUGGCGAGUGGGAGUGUGUGGUGUCCACAGGACGUGGGAAUGCCUCUCGUAGUGUAGAGAUAGUGGUACUGGAGAAUAGUGCCUCCUUCUGUCCAGAGCAGAGAGUAACCAACAACCGAGGGGAGUUCAGGUGGCCUCGAACUCUGUCUGGCAUCACCUCCUACCAGUACUGUCUCCAGCUACGCUACCCCUCCUUAGGUGGCCUUGUGGAGCAAAAAAGAGCAUCACGUUACUGCGACCGCUCUGGACGCUGGGAGGAGGGUGACUACUCUCAGUGCCUAUAUACUAAUGACAUCACAAGGGUCCUGCAUACGUUCAUACUGAUGCCCAUCAACGCCUCUAACGCAGUGACUCUGGCACAUCAGGUGCGAUCAUACACUCUGGAGGCCGCUGGUUUCACUGAUACAGUUGAUGUUCUGUAUGUGGCUCAGAUGAUGCAGAAGUUCAUGGACUAUGUGACAGAACUGCGUGAGCUGUCAGAGGUGUUGGUGGAAAUGGGCAGUAACUUGAUGCAGGCAGAUGAUCAGAUUCUGGCUCGGGCUCAGAGAGAAGAAAGAGUGUGCAGUUCAAUCGUCUACUCUCUUGAGACACUUGCUUGGCCUCAGCUGCACUCUCAUGCACAGGAUCUUUCCAGAAUUUCUCGCAACAUGGUGAUGGAGGCUCACCUGAUUCGUCCGGCUCAUUUUACUGGCAUGAGCUGCACAGCCUAUCAGAGGCGAGAGGGGACUGGAGGGAAUCAUGAUGGGAUAGAAUCUGCCCUUGAGCAGCAGCUACGCUUCCGCUGUACUACAGGAACACAUAACACCUCACUUAAUGCUUUUCCUCUGAAGAACGCAGUAGCCCUUGCUUCAGUGUCUCUCCCCUCGUCGCUCUUUCCGCCGAAUGCUCCUCCUGACUGCAAGCUUCAGUUUGUGGCAUUCCGCAAUGGAAGAUUCUUUCCUUUUACCGGAAAUUUUAGUGGACCUCCUGACCUUGCCCGCAGACGUGCCGUCAACACUCCAGUUAUCUAUGUUGGCCUUGAUGGAUGCAGCAUGUGGAAUCAGUCAGACCCCAUUAUUGUGUCAUUACGACACAUGUCUCCUGGAAUUGACCCUGUUGCUGCUCACUGGAGUUUGCAUGCCCUGGAGCAUCAUGGCAGUUGGAGUCUAAAUGGCUGUCAGCUGGCCCAUACCGAUGCAUCCAGCUCUACUCUGCGGUGCUCUGUGCUUAGCAACUAUGCUGUACUUCAGGAGAUGCCAGAUUUCCUGGGUUCUCCUCCAGUUCCAGUGGAAGUUCUUCACCCUGUGAUCUACACCUGCACCGCAGUGCUGCUUCUCUGUCUGUUCACCAUCAUCAUCACCUAUAUACUGCACCACAGUUCUAUCAGAAUUACAAGGAAGAGUUGGCACACCCUCGUAAACACUAGUUUCCACAUCGCAAUGACGUCCGCAGUAUUUGCUGGAGGCAUCACUCUGACCGGCUACCCAAUAGUAUGUCAGGCAGUGGGGAUUGUUCUUCACUACUCCUCUCUGUCCACUUUGUUAUGGAUCGGUGUUAGUGCCAGAGUUAUCUAUAAAGAAGCUUUACUGAGGUCUCCACAACAGCUAGAAGGCGAGACUGUUGUACAACCAACCCAGCGCCCCAUGCUCAGGUUUUACUUGAUAGCUGGGGGUGUCCCGCUUAUUAUAUGUGGUAUCACUGCAGCUGUUAACAUCAAUAACUAUGGAGACAACAUUCCCUACUGCUGGUUGGUAUGGCAACCCAGUUUCGGUGCUUUCUACAUUCCAGCUGGAUUGAUUAUUCUGGUGACCUGGAUCUACUUCCUGUGCACUGUGUUUUGCCUGAGGCACCGAAACUUCCAGAGUUCCAAAGAUCCUCAUUGCCCCGCCUCCAACCCCUCCCCCUUGCCAGAGAGCCAACCAGCACUCAGCGGCAGCACCAGUCUGCUCUCGACGGAUUCUGUUGUGGGGCCGGUACAUGCUGGGAUAACAGUGGAAGACCAGUACUCCUUGAAGGCACAGUGUUUGGUGCUGGUGGCAACGCAGUUUGUGUUUCUGGGGCUGUGGUGUUGCGGUGCUAUGGCAAUUUGGCAUGUUGACAGAGAGCAAAAGCUCUUCAGUUGCCUCUAUGGGGGAACUGCCACCGGAUUAGGGAUUUUCUUGGUGCUCCAUCAUUGUUUCAAGCGUUUGGAUGUCCAGGCAGCAUGGCUAGGCUGUUGUCCUGGAUAUCGUCGUUCUCAGCCCAUGCCAGCCUAUAGCCACCCCUGUACUGCAACCGUUGGAGUUCAAAGUAGCUCAGAUAGAGGCUCGCAGCUUUUUGUAGCCUGCCAUCCGCCAACAGACCCCAACCAUUACUCUUCUUCUGCCAGGUCCUCAUCUACUCCAAGUGGAACUAGUAGCAUUGGUGCUGGAACUUGCAAACUCACAAACCUUCUCCAGGUGACACAAGACAAUGUGAACAAUGCAACCCGAGCACCAACAAGAACAAAUACAAGUACAAGCACAGAGAACAAUGCCAACAACAAACCUGCCAAUAAUAUGCCGCCCAGUCUGAGCAGCACACUGCCCGCCCAGCAGCCUCAAAGGAGGAAGGCUUGUAGUAGAACCAAGGGUGGCAAUGGCCAGUACCAUCACAGAGGUGAUGGCAGAGGGCACUAUCGCCUCAAAGCUCUCAGAGCAGGUGGAGGAGGUAGCAUGAGCGCUUUAGGACCCUCUGGGACGGAGAAAUUAAAUAUCCACCAUCUACCCAAACAUGCUUCCAGUGAGAAUGGAAGUCUACGGAACAGCCAUUCAGAGAGCCUAAAUGGGCCUCUAACCAAUGGGCGGCACAGAAGGGAGGGACUUGCGACAAGCCCUUCAGAAGGUAGCGAUGGAGGAAGCAGUGGAAGUAGGAAACCUUUUCCACUGUUGCCGUCGGUGGCCAGUAGGGUUGCCAUGCAGCAGAAUGCUCAACGGCGUAGUGCUAGCAAAGACAAUCUGAAACUGGCGGCUGUGUCUGAAAGAGAAUCCAAGCGGAGCUCAUUCCCUCUCAACAUGACAAUGAAUGUCACCGGGACGGUCACUGCGACAGCUUCGUUGUCAACAGUUUCAGCACCAAAUGGAACACUAAAUGGUUCCGUGAUAGAACUGGACACUAGCGGGACGGACCAAUCACAGGGUUCGGUUAGUAUGAAGAGCAGGGUUUGGAAAAGUGAGACAACAGUAUAAUAGUGAGCUUUGGUAUAAUUGUAAGAACUGACAUUUAAAGUUUCUUGAAAGCGUAAUAGGCUUAUUGCUUAUUUCUCCACAAGAGAAAUAUUUGGCUUGUUUUAUGAUCAACUUUGCAUAUUUAAAGGUGCACUCGAUAAUUUUUGGCUCAUUAAAAAAGUUGUACUCCUUAAAAAAAGAAUUGUAAUUUUGAAACUUAUGUAUAAAAUCAUGAUCACUCACAUGGGAUGAAGACUCCAGUCAUAUCAGUAACUUUAUGAAAGCUGUUUUAUUCUACAAGGAGAGGGUCUCCUCAUGGGGCGGCCAUGUUAGCAUCACAUGACCAGCUGAAUACUACUCACUUAAUCUCAGUAACCGGCCUGUUACCGGACACUUUCACUCAUGGACUGUGAAUAGUGAAGUUCUACAAUGGCAUCGGUAACUGAAAACUUUUGCAUUUAAAUGACGCUGCAUCCACACCACUAGGUGUCAGUGUAAGUCCAAGACGACAUGCAUAAAAAUUACUGAGUGCACUUUUGAAGGAUAGUUCACCCAAAAAUAAAAAUAAUUCACCCUCAUACUGAUACAAAUUCAUGACUUUUUUCCUUGGAACACAACUAGAGAAGCUGAGAAUUUUUGCCUCAGUUAAUUUGCCAAUUAUUCACUUGCAUUAUUUAUUUUUUUAUUUUAUUUUUUUUUUUUAUGUUGUUGUAUACAAUGAAAGUGAAACAUUCUGCCUAAAAUCUCAUUUUGUGUUACACAGGAAUAAAGUCAUACAGGUUUGGAACAAUAUGAGGGUGAGUAAGUGAUGCAAGAAUUUUCAUUUUUGCAUUUUUGAACAGUCAAGCUAACAUCGUUGCCAGAUAAUUGUCACUUGUUUGUCGGCAAUGCUUUCAGGGGCUCUAGACAUUGUGGUGUCAAAUGGAGGACAUUAUGAGGCCAAAUUACAUUUUAUAAAUAUGAAAAAAGAGAAGGGGUGUGUAUGCAAAACCUGACGCCUCUAAAAAGAGAUUGGCGGAGGAGUUGGUGUAAUACAAUAUGCAAAAUUGUUUUUGUGCUUUUGUUUGUCUGUAAUACCACUUAAUCUAACAAAUUUGUUCGAAAGCAAUGAACAAAUAUCUUUUGAUUUUGAAUAUGCCAAGGGAUAUGUGAGCAUUAAGUUUAGUUUCUGACUAUGCAUAUCUAUCAAGAUGGAUUUCAAGUCCAUCUGGAGACAGCAAUGUUUGUUUCCCAAGAUGAUUUUCUUGUUUCUGUUGUGUUCAUGUGUUUCAUUCAAUUUAUUUCACUUAUAUGUCUGUAAGAAUGUACAUUAUGUGUUAUGUAUGUAUUGUUUGACCAUUACAGUGUUAAUUGAACUUCAUUAACUCUAGCACUAAUAAGCAUGCAUCCUAUGGUCAGUCCAACAUGAAUAUGGAAAGCUAUGACUUCCAUUCCAAAAAUUCCAUCCAAUGUUAAUUGGUAGUAAGAUUUUUGUUAUUUUCUGCUGACACUGUUGAGCAGAAAGCAAACGCUUGGGAAAAAUGUUGAAUCAUAGUGUCCUCUACUGGGUAAUUUCUGCCAUUGAUCAAAUGCACUGAAAAUAAAUGCCGUUGUUGGACAAAUGAUAUCAUCAAAGUGACAACUGCUGCAGUGGUCACUCUAUAGUGACUGAGGGAUUGGAUGAAGAGGGAUGAUUGUUUGUCCCUACUUGUUCUGUUGUAGUACCAUGUAUAACAUGGACAUUUUAGCACUUCGUUCAGGCCUGUUUAUCUCAUGUCGCAACCUGAUGGCUUAUGUGAGCUUUUUACAUAUUCUUUUGAAUAAUAAUGUAUUUAUAUUAUACAUAUCAGUAUUAAUAUUUUGGUGGAACUGUUAUUAGCCUAUGCAAUUUUAUGAUAAUCAGUAUUUUACAGCGGAUUGGUGGCCUCAUAAUUUUUAUAACAAAUAUUGUAAAUUACCAAGCUUCAUUUAGCCCAAAAAUGCGAAGCUAUUACUAAGAAUUUGCGAUCUACCAAUAAUUUUUAUUACUCCCUUCAAAUCAUAUCCAAAUGUUUGGUAUCCGUUAGCAAGGAAUUUGUGAUUUGCUAUUCCUUGAUCUUUUGAUCCUAAAGAGUAUCCAAAUAACUUUGUCUCAUGCAAAUCAAGAAUUAACAAUCCCAGGAAUUGUGUGGUCAGUGUGAGAUCUUUUCACUGACUAUGUUCAUCCAAGGCCCACAAGUUACAAUUUUUUAGUGCUGUUAUUUUUAGACCUUUGUCACAUUGUGACAAAGUCAGAAGCGAAAUGCAUUGCUUGUCUUUAGCUUAAACUUUAAUCAAAAUAAAACGAAUAACUUUAAAGUGUGUUUUCAGGGAUGUUUGCAUGCCAAAGAUGCUUAUGGUUUAAACACCUUUUAACAUUACAGUGAUGAGCUUAUUUGCAAUUUUGUUAAAUGUAACAAACAUAUUUGCCUUUUAACCCUACAAGCCAGAAAUCUCCCUCAUAUUGGGUACAUUUUCACUAUUAGUAAAGAACCAGUCCUCCUCUUGAAAUUCAAAUUUAUGAAGCAUUUAAUGUCAUGAUGUCCAGAGUCAUUAACCAUUUUUAUCAGUUUAGCCAUGAAGACUGAUAUAGUUAUCAGCAUAAUGUCAUUACAGAUUUCAUGUGCUAUUUUAUUUUGGAUGUAUAUGAUGUCAGUAGGUUAUGAUUUAAGGUGUCAUCUGAAACUACGACAGCAACAAAAAUCUACAGUCAAAUACAUGGAAGUUUGUGGCCUGCACAAAGUGUGCCACAUGUAUGAAAUACUUUUUAUCUUAGAAAGAAAUGUACAUUUUGUGCAUUAUGGUUUCAUGUGACAUUGUGAUAUUUGCAUGAGCAAUUUUCUUUGCCUCUUGGUAGGCCUAGCUUCUGACAGUCAGUAUAAAUUCAUUGUUAUCUUAACUAUUGUUCCCUAUCUGUCACUCACUCGACGUUGUUUCGAUGUAGUGACACUAGCAGUCACUCUUGGGAGCCCCAAACGCCUCUGCUUUUUGAAAAAAGGCCAAUGGGAAUUGGCGAGUGGAAUUUGCAUGCCACGCUCCCGGACAUACGGGUAUAAAAGGAGCUGGUAUGCAACCACUCAUUCAGAUUUUCUCUUCGGAGCCGAGCGGUUGUGUUCAGCGAGCUGAAUUACUCAGACGACCCAUUCACCUCGAAAAGCUGUUGGAUUUACGGCGCAUUACAGUGGCUUCUCCCCCUCUUGCACUGGUGAAGUGUAGGGAAUGCCCCUGGGCGCUUCAGCAGCCAAAAGAGUAUAUUCUUCCUACUAAAAGAGUAUAUUUUCCCUUCUUAAAAGAGUGGCAUUAAUGGAGAGCGUCUUUUUAAGAGGUGCCCACGCGGAGACAGCGUUCGUGGACGGGUCAUGUUCUCACUGCGAGAGCGUUACCAUCGCAACGUCGCGGUUUUUCCUUUGUUAGAAGGAAAGACCACCCCAGCGGCUCUCCGCCUCGGUCCUUCUACCUAUGGGUUUGAGGCCGCAUCGGUUAGCACUGGGGGCGAUUUGGGGACCCCAAUGGGAGCCACUCCAUCGGGAAACUCCCCACGGACCUCCCAUUCGCCAGUACACUCAUUUGCCCCGCUGGGAUGAGACUGCCAGUUCGUCUCAGGGCGAGUUCGCGAUCUCGUUUUGGCUCUCGCGAAGUGGAUGAGCUCUCGAUUGCAGCAUCGGAGAGCGGGCUGUCCAGUCUGACCUUGAGGACUCUCCCACCUUCGGGUGUGGUCACCCAGUCACAGCCUGACGCGCAGCUGGCAGCCAUGCUUGCCCGGGCGGCUGCGUGUGUCGGGCUGGAGUGGAACCCUCCACCCCCCCUGAACCUUCGCAGCCUGACGAUUGGUUCCUGGGCCCAGAGCGCUGCUCACGGCCACGCCCUGCCCCGGUCCCUUUCUUCCCGGAGGUGCAUGAGGAGCUCACAAGGUCACAGCGGGCACCUUUCACUGCCUGGACCCGGUCUCUGAGCUCCUCCGCUCUCACUACCCUUGAUGGUGGGGCUGCCAGGGGGUACUCAGUGAUCCCCCAGGCGGAUAAGGCGGUACACCUGUGCCCGCAAAACGCCGCCACCUGGCGGGGCCGCCCGUCCAGUGCCUGUAAGGUUAAGGUCUCUGGCGACUAAGGCUUGCACUGCCACUGGACAGGCCGCCUCAGCCCUGCAUGCCAUGGCUCUCCUGCAAGUGCAUCAAGCCAAGGUGCUAAGAGAACUGCACGAGGGUAGUUCUGACCCGGGAUUGUUACAGGAGCUGCGCUCGGCAACCGACCUCACUCUCCGGGCAACGAAGGUCAUGGUGCGGCAUCCCGGGCGACCUCAACACCACAGCGGACGCGCUGUCACGACAGGUUACGCUCAGUGGAGAGUGGACCAGCUGUUUUGGAUUCGAUUCGGUCGAGCACAGGUAGACCUGUUUGCUUCCUGGGAAUCCUCCCACUGCCCACUUUGGUACACCCUGACCGAGGCACCCCUCAGUAUAGAUGCGCUGGCACACAGCUGGCACCCUGGACUAUGCAAACACGUGUUUCCCCAGUGAGCCUACUUGCACAGACCCUGUGCAAGGGUAGGUGCUCCACAUGCUCUGGUUCCCCAAAGAUGACCCCAUGUGAUGUAUCUUCUGCUAAAUCGUUUCCCUGUCGGUAAACUGCGUCUUCCUUGGGCAGAGGCCCCUCUGCCCCCGGUCACCAUGCUUGUAGAAACUCCUCCCCCCUUGGGUAGGACCUACCAUGUGACUUCUCCACAUGACAUACUACCAACAAGACUCAGUAAGACCAUGUGACAUAUUUCCACUCAAAAUACCCCCCCCCCCCCCUUCUCUGGGCGGGGUGUGGUCUCCGCGUGUCUUCCCCUUGGGAGUGACAUCCCCACAACGUAGACAUUUAUGGCCGCCAGUCGAUUAACAAAUUCCACUCUUUUUGGGAGAAAAAAGAGGAAAAGAGGCCACGGCUGGGCAAGCCUGUCCCUAUUUGUUGGGCAGUCGACUUGUUCCCAAAGGACCGUUCGACGCUCAAGAGUGUUGGGGGAGGUUACGUGACGGCCUGGUGCGCUGGCUAUGAGGCACACAGUGGUCUGCCCGUCUCGCACCGCCAGUCCACAUAACACAGUUCAGCUAGUUGUGGCUUUUGUAUAUGGAUCCCUAGUGUCACUACAUCGACACAACGUCGAGUGAGUGACAGAUAGGGAACGUCCUGGUUACUUUCGUAACCUCCGUUCCCUGAUGGAGGGAAUGAGACGUUGUGUCCCUCUUGCCACAAUGCUGAACUACCCGCUGAAAUGGCCGGGACCUUGUCUCGGCUCCUCAGCACAAAACCUGAAUGAGUGGUUGCAUACCAGCUCCUUUUAUACCCAUAUGUCCAGGAGAGUGGCAUGCAAAUUCUACUCGCCAAUUCCCAUUGGACUUUUUUCAAAAAGCAGAGGUGUUUGGGGCUCCCAAGAGUGACCCCUAGUGUCACUACAUCGACACAACGUCUCGUUUCCUCCAUCAGGGAACGGAGGUUACGAAAGUAACCAUGACGUUUUAAUUGUCAUCUCGAAGUUAAAAAAGGGAGAUUUCAGUAAUAUCUUAAAUAUUUAUAUUUUUGUCACUCACGUCAAUUUAAAAAUGUUAGCAGCAUUUUUGUAUCGAUUUCAGUAAUAUAUUUAUCAUAGAUGUUAAGAUUGUGCCUUAUCAAUGAUCUGAUGCAAAAUAAAGGUUUGGAAAAAAUGCCAUUAAUUCUAAAUUAUUUUGUUUGUUUUAGAAAUUUACUUGAAUGUAUCGUGUGUGACAUAAAUAAGAAAAGCUGAGAGUGACACACACUGUUUUGCAUUUGGCAACUACACAACUUCUGUCUCAAUGUAAUAUGUAAAUUGACAUCCUCCAAAGCAAAUAAAG